UUGCUACUGCGCCUGGCGCACUCCUUCCUCCUCUACUCUUCCCUCCUCGCAUUUCUUUCGCAGCGCUGCACCUUGGGGUGCAGCAGCAGCAACAGCGGACAUCCAGCCGUUCACCGGUGCCCUUUCCCUGCCGUCUGCAUCGUCGCCCGUCCAGACACACAUGGUUGACUGAAACCAACUGUAACCGCGCCGUGAACCGUGCGCAGCCACCAGCCCGUGCGCAAAGGGCUGGCACGCCCUCGCUGUGACCCGCCCGGCGAUUGCGAGACGUCCACGACGGCGCUCGUCGCUGCGGCCUCCGUGCGAGAGCUCCUUGGGAGCCGGGUGCAGCGACCUGAGUCCCGUGUGCAGCAGCGCACUUAUCUGCUGAGACACGGCGCGGUUGAGCAUAGUAGCGAACCAAGCCAACCGGCCGUCGUUGCUCCGCUACUUCACCGAGUUCGCCGACGCUCCGUAGUGCUACACCUCCCUCGAAUUCAUCGGCCAUAACGGCCGGCGGCGUCGUAGCCCCGUACUCCCUGCUCCACCGUGGCCCAACGACGAGACGCCGCCGCUGAUUCGAAGCGGGGCUCUGGCAGAGAGGGAUCGGCGACUCGCAGCUGGAGCGCACCGAACCCUCCGCACGUUGCCAUGGUUGCGGACGACGAAAAGGUGCUGCUGAAGCACCAGCCGACCGCCACCCUGGGCACCGCCGGAGCGCCGCGGCACUACGAGUCCAUCGUCAACGCCGGCUCGUCCAUCAUCUACUGCUCGGCCCGCGGCGGCCGCGAUGAGCCUGGCGCGGGACAGCCGUCCGUACACAUCCCCGUCAACUCCGGCUCGCAGGCGAGCCAGGAGGAACACUGUCACUCACCGGAUGGCGUCGAGGUCGACCACCUGGCACGAAAGAAGCUCAUCUUCGCCAGCAUCCUCUGCCUAGUCUUCAUGAUCCUCGAAAUCGUAGGCGGCCUUCUGGCCAACAGCUUGGCCGUGGCGACCGACGCGGCGCACCUGCUCACAGACUUCGCCAGCUUCAUGAUCAGCCUGUUCUCCAUCUGGCUGGCGCACCGGCCGCCCACCAAGCGCAUGAGCUUCGGCUGGUACCGAGCGGAGGUGAUCGGUGCGGUGACGUCAGUGCUCCUUAUCUGGGUGGUGACCGGCGUUCUCGUCUACAUGGCCGUGCAGCGAAUAGUCCUGCAGGAGUACGAGAUCAACGCCACCAUUAUGCUCAUCACUGCCGGCAUCGGAAUACUCGUCAACAUCAUCAUGGGCGUGGCGCUGCAAGUGGGCGGCGUGCCGCACGGCCACUCGCACGGCACGCACCACGCGACCGACGACGUCGACGACGACGCCCACCUGAAGCACCGCGCCAACGGCGUGGCCGUCAUCGAGAACGGCGGCUCGCGUCCCAGCUCGCCCGGCACCGCGGGCCGCGGCUCGGGCAACAUCAACGUCCGCGCGGCGCUCAUCCACGUCAUCGGCGACUUCCUGCAGAGUCUGGGCGUCUUCGUGGCCGCGCUCAUCAUCUUCUUCAGGCCCGACUACCGCAUCGCGGACCCGCUGUGCACGUUCCUGUUCUCGGUGCUGGUGCUGUUGUCGACGAUGGCGAUCCUGCGCGAAGCCCUGACCGUGCUCAUGGAGGGCAAGCCGAGCGGCAUCGACUUCCGCCAGGUGCUCACGCUGCUCGCCCAGCAGCCCGGAGUGCACAUGGUGCACAACCUGCGCAUCUGGGCCCUGUCCAUGGACAAGAUCGCGCUCUCCGCGCACAUCGUCAUCCGGCCGAACGAAGACGCCAUGCAAGUGCUGAAGUCGUGCUCUCGCAUGAUCCGCUCCAAUUACGACAUCUUCGAGCUGACACUGCAGAUCGAGGAGUACCACGAGGUCAUGGACGAUUGCGCCAAGUGCAACGACCUGCGGAACUGAAGCGUUCAUACUCUCGCCCAAAUCCCGGGCGUUCUUCGCCAAUACCUCUUUUGCGGGUAGCGAUCAAAGAGAUGCGCCGGCGACGCUGGACUGGUACGGCAGUGCACCGCUUCUAAAAGUGCCAUCUUCGAGCACGGAUGGAAAAAAGUGCGGACCAGAAGAAUGUUCACAAAGUUCAGUGUGGCUUACGCGAUGUGUUUAGGUGUUUUAUAUAUUUUUAAAAUCGCAACGUUGUUGGAUAAUUCAUCGCUGUUGUUCGAGUUUCGCGAAACCUGGCCUUGGCACUGCGGCGGGUGGUAGAGCUAGCGAAUAAGACGGUUGGUACUUAUUUCAGGAUUGGGACGUAGUAACCAACGCUAAAAGCGCGGAACCUGAACGAAAAGGAGACAGGACGCAAUGAUGCACGGACUGUUUCGUGCGCUUCUUGUUCCCUUUGUUCUGCGAAGCUAGUUUCACAGGGCACAGCGUGUAGCUUUGUCCUUCCUGGGCUGCUAAGGCCAGUCAUGUCACAAGGCAAGGAGGGGAGCUUGAAGGUCGCUGUGCCUUACCAUGGCAUUUCGAGCACUGCUUUGCAGCAGUCAUUAGCCCUUCCAUGCUAUCAAAAGUUAUUCAUGAUGUGCGAGGCUUUUGUAUAACUUGGUCUGUGUGUGCGCCAGUUAUCUGGAUCGUGUCAGCUUACGAUAAAACGAAGCUGGGUCUUAAUGUGAUAGAUGUUGCGGCUUGAGCUUACUCGUUACAGAAAUAAAAUCGUGGUGCACCUAGAAAAGUUCUAUAUACCCACAUAAUUUGCUGCAGGCACUGCGUCAAACUUGAAGCAUACUCUAUCUGCUAAUGGAAGUCUGCUCCGUGCUAAGUGAACGGUAUAAAAGGCUAGAAUAAAAGUAUAAAUAGUUUCGUCGGGCUUUUUUUUUUCUGUUUUUAUACAGCUGCGCGCUCAUUGUGAUAUCCUAAAAGUAGAAGCGUUCCCUGCAUUUCUCAGUAUUUGUCAUAAGCUGUGGGCUGCAGUACUGUACUGUCGAGACGGCAGUUCCAGUUACAUGACCAGCUGUGCAGUGAACUUUUUUUGGUCAUUGGGAUUAGGACGCGAUGUUUAUCCUAGUAAAACUUGAAUACUCCUGGAAUUAGCUUUUUUAUCUCCGAAAUGCAAAAAAUGAUUGAUUCAUAGAUUAACAAUGCAUGCCUAGUUUGAGCCAUUACGUCGUAGUCAGUGUCAGAAAGUCGCUGUUCCAGUCUCGUUGUACACUCAGGCUCUAGUUGAAGACCGACGCAGAGCGUAAGUCCUGCCAGUAUAGUUACUGCUGUUAAGGUCAUAUAGGUUGCUUGCCAUUUCGCGUGUGUGAAAUUCUGAUCCACGACCCCCGCGGUCUAGCUUGAUUUUUACUCCGUACGACUACAGCCUUGUACCCCUUGUGAAGGCUUACGGUGUUUGCAUAUACACAGCUGGCGUGAGACCAAAUCCCUGAAGUCUCGAGACGAUCCUUGUCACAAUUCGUUUCGUGUUUUCGUGCCUGCUUUGAAGUGUGGGCUUUCGUUUACGGUUUAGCUGUGGCUUAUAUUCUUUUCUAGCAUCAUAUUUGCCGUGACUACUUAGGAUUUGAAGUUCGCGAAGAAGCACCAUCGCUCUAUUUCUCGCAUAAAAGCCACAGGAAAGCAACAAAAACGAACGCUUCGACGUGUGACGAUGGGUUGUGAUCGCUUAGGCAUGUGAACUGUGAUUGUGCCCCGAAGAUUAUUGUUCACUUGUUACUGCACUGCAAACUAUGUUGAAUCAAUGCAAGAAUGCCUUGCAUCCGUGUGUAGCGAGGGCGUGCAUCCUCCUGUAUAUAUUCGCCGUGUUUACAUUAUGUGUCUUUGUACAUAAAUUGAUAUAAAGGUUCUUUUUUUAUCA